GCGCGCUCGCUGCCGGAAGCGACGGUCGGUGUGGAGCCGGCGCGGCGCGGCAUGGCGGGGCCGCGGGGAGCGGAGCGCUCGGCUUCCGAGGCGCAGCCCAGGAAGAGGCGUCCAGAGCCCGAGCCCGAGCGUGAGCCGCCACCGGAGGAGUCCCCCCUCCUGUGUGACUCUGCUCCCAGCCAUCGUGAUGGAAGUGAUUCUGGCCUCUCUGACAGUGAAGAGAGUGUGUUCUCAGGCCUAGAAGAUUCCAGCAGCGACAGUAGUGAGGACAACAGUGAAGAGGAAGAUGGAGCCAGCCACAGAGGGAUGGAAGAGACCUCUGGGGAGCAGGCUGGCAGCCCUUGCCAGAGGACAGAGGUGGUGACCUCACCGAAGGCGGAUGAAUACCUAGAAGACAGCUCUGAUGAGGAGGACAUCCGGAACACAGUGGGCAACGUCCCCCUGGCCUGGUAUGAUGACUUCCCACAUGUGGGCUAUGACCUGGAUGGUAAGCGCAUCUACAAGCCCCUCCGGACCCGAGAUGAACUGGACCAGUUCCUGGACAAGAUGGAUGAUCCAGACUUCUGGCGCACUGUGCAGGACCGGAUGACGGGGCAUGACCUAAGGUUAACUGAUGAGCAGGUGGCCCUGGUGCAGCGUCUGCAGAGGGGCCAGUUUGGGGAUGCGGACUUCGACCCAUAUGAGCCAGCUGUGGACUUCUUCAGUGGGGACCUCAUGAUCCACCCAGUGACCAACCGCCCCGCUGACAAGCGAAGCUUCAUCCCAUCCCUGGUGGAAAAGGAGAAGGUGUCUCGCAUGGUGCACGCCAUCAAGAUGGGUUGGAUCCAGCCUCGCAGGCCCCGAGACCCCGCCCCCACCUUCUAUGACCUGUGGGCCCAGGAGGACCCCAAUGCUGUGCUGGGGCGCCACAAGAUGCACGUGCCUGCACCCAAGCUGGCCUUGCCUGGCCAUGCAGAGUCCUACAACCCACCUCCCGAGUACCUGCCCAGCGAAGAGGAGCGCUUGGCCUGGGCACAGCAAGAACCUGGUGAGCGCAAGCUCAACUUCCUGCCGCAGAAAUUCCCGAGCCUGCGGGCUGUGCCUGCGUAUGGCCGCUUCAUCCAAGAGCGGUUUGAGCGCUGCCUGGAUUUGUACCUAUGCCCACGGCAGCGGAAGAUGAGGGUCAAUGUGGAUCCGGAGGACCUCAUCCCCAAACUGCCAAGGCCCAGGGACCUGCAGCCUUUCCCUGUGUGCCAAGCACUGGUCUACAGGGGGCACAGCGACCUUGUCCGCUGCCUCAGUGUCUCCCCAGGGGGCCAGUGGCUGAUUUCAGGAUCAGACGAUGGGUCGCUGCGGCUCUGGGAGGUGGCCACCGCCCGCUGCAUGAGGGUGCUGCCCGUGGGGGGCGUGGUGAGGAGUGUUGCUUGGAACCCCAACCCCACCAUUUGCUUGGUGGCUGCAGCUAUGGACGAGGCGGUGCUGCUGAUAAACCCCGCCCUGGGGGACCGGCUGCUGCAGAGCAGCACAGACCAGCUGCUGGGUGCCUUCACCCCGCCCGAGGAGCCAGCCCUGCAGGCUGCCUGCUGGCAGGAGGCCUCAGAGGAAGAGUCGCAGUGGGGCCUGCGCCUUCGCAUUUGCCACAGCAAGCCAGUGACACAGGUAACCUGGCAUGGGCGAGGAGACUACUUGGCUGUGGUGCUAGCCAGCCCAGGCCAUACCCAGGUGCUGAUCCACCAGCUGAGCCGGCGGCGCAGCCAGAGCCCCUUCCGCCGCAGCCAUGGCCAGGUACAGCGUGUGGCUUUCCACCCCACCCGGCCCUUCCUGCUGGUGGCCUCUCAGCGCAGCGUCCGCAUUUACCACCUGCUGCGCCAGGAGCUCACCAAGAAGCUGAUGCCCAACUGCAAGUGGGUGUCCAGCCUGGCUGUGCACCCGGCAGGUGACAACAUCAUCUGUGGCAGCUAUGACAGCAAGCUGGUAUGGUUCGACCUGGAUCUCUCCACAAAGCCGUAUAAAGUGCUAAGGCACCACAAGAAGGCACUGCGGGCUGUGGCCUUCCACCCUCGGUACCCCCUCUUUGCCUCUGGCUCAGAUGACGGCAGCGUCAUUGUCUGCCAUGGCAUGGUGUACAACGAUCUGCUGCAGAAUCCGUUGCUGGUGCCGGUCAAGGUGCUCAAGGGGCACACACUGACUCGAGACCUGGGCGUCCUGGAUGUCACCUUCCACCCCACACAGCCAUGGGUCUUCUCCUCGGGAGCGGACGGUACCAUCCGCCUCUUCACCUAGGCUGUUGCCCUGCUGCCGGGCGUCCUGGGCUGGGACAGGCGCGGGUGUGCUCAGGGUUCUUCAAUAGAUGCCUUUCUCCCUA